AUGGAAACAAUGCCGGGUAUAAGCCACUGGGGGGACAUCACCGUGGUUGUCAUCUACUUCAUUGCUGUCCUUGGAGUUGGCGUGUGGAUAGAUAGAACAUUAUUUCGACCAAACCGAGGCAGCGUCCAGAGUUAUUUCUUGGCCGGACGAAACAUGAAAUGGUGGCCGGUUGGGGCCUCCUUGUUCAGCAGUAAUAUAGGAAGCGAGCACUUUGUUGGUCUGGCCGGUACAGGAGCUGCUUCUGGCAUCGCUAUGGUCUUGUAUGAAUGGAACUCCAUGUUUCUGGUUAUACUACUGGCCUGGCUAUUUGUCCCAGUCUAUGUAUCAGCAGGGGUGUACACUCUGCCCGAGUACAUGGCCAAGAGAUUCGGCGGGAACAGACUUCGUGUUUAUCUCAGUUGUCUGUCCUUGAUACUCUACAUAGUCACCAAACUCGCGGUGAGCAUCUAUGCCGGUGCUCUGUUCAUCAAACUAGCCCUGGGCUGGGACAUGUACCUGUCUAUAGCUGGGCUGCUUUUAAUCACUGGAUUCUACACAGUGUUAGGUGGGCUGGCAGCUGUCAUCUUCACAGACGCACUGCAGACGAUAAUCAUGACAAUUGGAGCUAUCAUCUUGUCUGUCAUCAGUUUCAACAAAAUCGGAGGUUACAGACAACUUGUAUAUCGGUACAUGAUGGCCACACCCUCUUCUCCAUACAACAUGUCGGUCUCAUGUGGAAAGCCACGAGACGACGCUUUCCACAUCUUCCGUGACCCGGUGACCUCUGAUAACCCCUGGCCUGGCCUCUUUCUGCAGUCCAGUCUUGGAGUGAUGUGGUACUGGUGCUGUGAUCAGGUUAUAGUUCAGCGGUCGCUGGCAGCCAAGAACUUGAGUCAUGCCAAGGCGGGCUCCAUUUUGGCUGGAUACCUCAAGUUGACACCACUUUUCUUCAUGAUAUUUCCGGGGAUGAUCAGUCGAGCUCUCUAUCCAGAUGUCAUCGCCUGUGUAGAUCCCAGCAAGUGCCAGCAGUACUGCGAGACUUCUGUCGGCUGCUCCAACGUGGCCUAUCCCAAACUUGUGCUAGAACUGAUGCCAGUUGGCCUCCGCGGUCUUCUAAUGGCUGUCAUGUUGUCCGCCAUCAUGUCGUCUCUGACCUCCAUCUUCAACUCGUCUGCCACGCUGUUUACUAUGGAUUUGUGGAGGAGGAUUCGAACCAGGGCCACGGAGAGAGAACUGCUGAUUGUUGGAAGGUUGUUCAUUUUGCUGAUGUGUGGAGUCGCCAUCUUGUGGAUCCCUCUGGUGCGUUCUUCCCAAGGGGGACAACUGUUUAAUUACAUCCAGGCGGUGCAAGGCUACCUCGGUACCCCAAUAGGAGCCAUAUUUAUCCUGGCCAUUUUGUGGAAGAGGAUGAAUGAAAAAGGUGCUUUCUAUGGUCUGCUGGCUGGUCAUGUCUGUGGAAUCGUCAGAAUGGCUCUAGACUUCGCGUAUCCAGCGCCGGGAUGCGACGAGGCUGACACUCGACCCAGGAUCCUCAGCGCCGUCCACUACACCUACUUCGGGAGUCUGAGCCUGGCAGUGACUACUCUAACUAUCGUAGUGUUCUCACUGGCUACCCGUAGACAGGAUGAGGAUCAGUUGUGGGGUGUCACUUGGUGGACAAGGGUGGACAAGGUUCAGAAAGACGUGGACAAGGUGGCGGUCAGUGACGGAGUAGGUAAUAAAUCUCCUCUGUCUGUUUCAGGUCCGACAGCACACAGUGAAAUGGAUACCGAAGAGGCUGUAGAGAUAGUAGAAGGCAAAUGCCAUCUCUGGUUUGACAAAGUGUGUGGCAUUCCUGUGGAUCAAGGGAAAAGCAAGGAGACACCAGAAAUCACAGUCAGCCAGCGAAGAGCUUACCUCAAGGAAAACCCGCGAUGGAAAACCAUUUUAAACAUUAAUGCUGCCAUCGGCAUGUCAGUGACGGCGUUUCUCAUUGGCUUUUACCAUUGA